UGGUGUAUCAUGGGUCCAUUUCUCAAAUUUGGUGGGAUGACAUCAUUCCUUAUAUUAGUACUAACUAACUAUAAAGAAUGAAGUGAUGAUGGAUCAACUCAUACCAUUCUACAAACCAAACAAAAAAGUGAAGAGUGAGAAGAUGAUGGACUAGUUCAUUCCUCAAACCAAACAGCCUAGUAGUGUUUGGUUCGGUGUCAACGAGGGAUGAGAUGUGAUCAACCCUGGGCUGACCUCGUCCCUUGUUUUUUGAGGGAUGACCUCAUCCACCAUUUUUGAAGAAUAUUCUUUGACCCUAACUCUAGACCUCUAAACCAAACACGGAUCAAAUUAGAAUGAUCUCAUCCCAUCUCUCUUUAUCCUUCAUCGUCUCUCCAUCCAAACAAUACCUUAUGCUGCAAACUAAGAUCCCUAGCGGUGCACGAUCGACGUCCAUAUUGUCACGCUCUGAUCGACUCUUGGUACACCAGAUCAGUACACUACGCCUACGCGGUAGCCGCUCACGCAAGGCAAGACACAUCGGCCGGCCACGCCAGUGAAGCACUGAAGCUACACACACUUCCCACUGGAGCACACGCUCCUCACGUGCCCGCACCCGAAACGUCCAAAGAAAAAAGAGGGAGGAAACCCACCGACCCCUGCUCGCUCAACACGCAACGACGCGCCUCGGCCUCGCAGAAACAGGGGCCAAAAAGGAAAAGAGAAAAGAGGAAAAGAACGCAGGGAAUGGGCAAGCAGCAGCAGGCGCCACCGGCGCGGCGGUCCACGGCGAUGUCGGCGCCUCCGCCACCGAAGCGCCGGAAGAAGAAGGGCCGGCCUUCCCUCCUCGACCUCCAGAAGCGGAGCCUCCGCCUCGAGCAGCAGCUCCAGCAGCAGCAGCCCAAGGGGCGACGCUCCAACCGCCGGAGCGCCGGCUCCGCGGACGAGGACGACGACGGCCCCGCCUCCGGCUCCGGCCGCCGCGAGAAGAAGCUGCGCCUCGUCAUGGGCCUCCACGACGGAUCACCCAAGCAGGUAGAAAAGACGAGGAAAGCGACGGAUGGGCAUGAAGAGCCGUCAGAUUCCGGGCCCACAACACCUUUGCCAAACAAAAAGUUAUUGCUCUUCAUCCUUGAUAGGCUACAGAAGAAGGAUACAUAUGGUGUAUUUUCAGAGCCUGUUGAUCCUGAAGAGCUACCUGACUAUCAUGACAUUGUAAAGCAUCCGAUGGAUUUUUCGACAAUACGUAAGAAGCUCGAUAAGGGUGCCUAUUCCAACUUGGAGCAAUUUGAGGACGAUGUGUUCCUGAUAAGCACCAACGCGAUGUGCUACAAUUCACCAGAUACAAUAUACUAUCGACAGGCACGAGGUAUUCAAGAGAUCGCUAAAAAGGAUUUUGAGAAUCUUAGGCAAGAUAGUGAUGCCAGUGAUCCAGAACCGGAACCAGAAUUGGAGCUGGAGCCAGAACCAGAAGAACCAAAGCCACAGCCUCGCAGGGGCAGGCCUCCAAACAAGAACAAUGCCAAACAGAAAGUUGGGAAGCCACCAACAGAACGUGCUACUGCAGAUUUUUCUGGUGCAACGCUUGCUACUGCCGCAAAUAUUGGACGCCAUGCACAGGCAGAUGUUGAUCUGUCACGAAGAGCAAUGGAUAAAGCGAUGAUGGAUAUGCUGAGAGCUUCUUUUGCCAAUAGAAGGAAUGAGCAUAAUUGGUCUGGCGAGCGGAAAUUUGAAAGAUUUGAAGAGUGCUCAGGUUAUAGGGGUACAUGGUCCGCAAAAAUGGGGAAGAGGCCAAUUCUGAUGGAAGAUAGUCGCCGAAGCACAUAUUGUGAGACUCAACCAUCCAAUUCAAUAUAUGAGCUGCCGGUAUCGUCAUCCUACAAUGGGACAAAGAAGCUGCUAGUACCAGUUGGGGUUCAGUUACAGCAGUCCUAUUCCCGCAGCUUGGCACGAUUUGCUGCACAACUUGGUCCUGUGUGCUGGGAGAUUGCAUCAAGGCGAAUUGAACGAAGCCUUGCUCCUGGAACAAAGUUUGGUCGCGGGUGGGUAGGAGAUGGCGAAACACCAAACUCUUUUCAGCCACCCGUACUAGCUGCAUUUUCAGAAACAACGACACCGCAAGACCGUACAGCAGCUUCAGGUGAGCAGCCAUGCCCAUCUAUGAGCAGCCCUCCUGCCACCGAGGCCUGUGCUGGCAACGACAGAAGCCAUUUGGCGGGAUCUCAGCCAGAUGCUACGCCAUAUGCUUCUACCAGCACAACGCAGAGGAUGAGUUCCGAAGCAUUAGCAAGCCAGCAAUGUGGAUCACUACCACAAAUUUCGAUAAACCGAGCUGAACGUACCCUUGAGAUGAUGAAGGGCAGCCCCAAUAAUCUUCACGGACACCCAGGCAUGCAGCAAACUGCGAAUGGUUUCAAUGCUGUUCCAGGACCAAUGAUGUUCCCACAUGUGGCUCAACUGGUGGUGAAUCAGAUGCAGACACAUACGGCUGAUUGAUAACGUUGUGUGUGUGUGCCGGGGGGCGGGGGGUGUCGCCUUUGAUCCGUCGUGCCUCAACCUGGGGCUGCAACUGUGAGCCUGUUGUGUAAUUGCUUAAGUAGUCAUUAGGAUGAUAGCGUGCAUAGAUGUGUUGGGUGGAUGCUGUAACAGCGGUGACCGGUGAGUUGCGAUUCUGAAUGUGUAGCAGAAAAACCACAGGCGAAAUGAAACAUCUGUAUAGAUUAUCGAGGAAUUUUUUUAGCAUGAAACCGUGCGAAUCAGUUUGUCUAUUGUCUGUAUGGUUUAUAUACAUCAACCUGACGGUGUUCUCGGACUGCAGAUGCCACAAUGUAGAUAAGAAGUACUGCUUCCGUUC